GUCGUGCCUAUCGAACACGUCAGAGGACGCUGCGCGCCGCGGGUUGGCUAGCAGAACAGAAUCCCGCUGAACAAGCCGGAUUCGCGGCGCGGAAACCAAAAGCAGACCUCGUUUUCUUCAAGAAAGGGGUCAGGAUGUUUCGUUCUCCUUACUUUGAUGGCUACACCGACAUCUCAGUGCAGGACGAACAUGGGAAGAACCGUUCUGUGGUGGGAUGCCUCUUCCUGAUAGUGAUCGGCUCGUGUGUUCUGGUUGGCUAUGGGAUCUGGACUCUUCAGAACAAAUUCUUCUUCGCACCCCUGCUCGACAGCCCGCUGUACAGUCUGGGCCUGCCCGUUAUGAUAGCGGCUGGGGGAAGCGCCCUGGCUGUAUGUAUGCUGCACGUCUGUGUCAUCUGUGCAAGGAGCGGCUGUAAGAAACCGUUCCUAGGUCUUCUUGUUGCCAUCACCUUCCUGGGACUAGCUUCGGGAAUUGUACUGUUCAUAUCGAAGAACGAGGUUGAUGGCACACUGGCGGGUAGACUAAGAAUGUCUCUUGAGCUGCAAUACGGACAGCCAGGAGAAGAGGGCUUGACUUUUUCUUGGGACAGAACACAGGAAAAGCUGCAGUGUUGUGGAGUAGGUAAUAAGACGUCAGGGUACCUUGCCUGGAGGAGCAGCACGUGGUACCUGAACCAGACACAAGUCCGCCCCAGUGCGCAGGUGCCGCAGAGCUGCUGCACUGUUGAUGACGACACGGGACAAGCCCGCGAAUGUCAGUUUGAUGUACCGAACCAGUUUCUGAAUGAAAAGGGAUGCCAAGACGAUGUCCAAGAAGUGUUUUUCGAUCACGCUAGAGAGUUGGGGAUAGUUGCAACUGUGGUCAGUCUUUUGGAGCUGAUGAUUCUUCUGGUGACGCUCAGCACACUCCGACAUCUAUAGCUGUCAUCAUCAUCAUCAUUAUCAUCAUCAUCAUCAUUAUCAUUUGAACUUCAUUGAUACAUAUCAAGUUGCAAGCAUGACGUAAAGCUGAUUUGUCUUCACCGUUUUUCCAUUGAUGUUACAUCGAUACAUUGCAUGUUUGCAAGCUGCACGUCAAUGUAACACAAACAUGUUCACUUCGCUGUGAUAGCUAAGGCUUUACAUGAGCAAAACAUAAUUGCAUGAUCAAUACAUUCAAUAUCGAAAUAAGAAACAUCCGACCGGCUUGGAUGAGUGUUUGAAAAUGGGAAAGACGUUGAUGAUAUGCAAACGCGAUUUACCUAGUCUGUGCAAUGAUCUGUGUAACACAAACGCUGAUGCCCAGGGGUGUAACUGACCCACAGAGGAGGCCGGUCGGAUGUUGGGCGGACUGCUGUAAGCGAGAUUUAAUCAGAAUACGAUUUUCCCAGCUCGACCAAAAACAAACAAGCUUGUUAGGCGAAAAUUUUCUUGCUUUGGCCUUAUAGUCAAAUAAACUUUUGUGACAAUAUAA